AUGGAGCAGUUUGUGCCUGCUGAUCGGUCUUUAUCAGUCUGCAGGCGGCUUUGUUACGCAGCGGGGCAUUUUCUGAACGACCUGUGCGCAUCCAUGUGGUUCACCUACCUGCUGGUCUACCUGCACUCGGUGCUCGGCCUUCAGAGUAGCUCCGCAGGUGUGGUGCUGCUCAUCGGACAGAUAGCGGACGGAGUUUGUACUCCUCUGGUGGGAUACGAGUCUGACAGGACGGAGGGCAUCCAGAGACACGGCAAGAGGAAAAGCUGGCAUCUGUUGGGAACCGUUUGUGUUUGUGUGUCUUUCCCCUUUAUUUUCAUGCCCUGCCUGACGUGCAGCGACAUCACUCCUCAGUGGGCGCAGAUCCUCUACUUCUCCCCCUUCAUCAUCAUCUUCCAGUUCGGCUGGGCCGCCACUCAGAUCUCCCACCUCUCCCUCAUCCCAGAGCUGGUGUCCAGGGAGAGCGCCAAGGUGGAGCUGACCGCAUACAGGUACACCUUCACUGUGGUGGCCAACAUCACCGUGUACACCGUGGCCUGGCUGCUCUUCCACUUCCAGUCCCAACACAGCGUGGACCCCUCCAUCACCGACAGCCUGGGCCAGGCAGACAUCCCACUGUUCAAGGUGCUGGUUCUCAUCCUGCUGGCUAUUGGAGCGCUGUUCUCUUUGAUCUUCCACAUCGGCACUAAAGAGCAGACAUCAGUCAGUGAGACAGAGAACCGUCUGAUCAGCUCCUCAUCACAGGAAGCUUUUCCUCGUCCUGUAUUUCAGUGGAAACACUGGCUGAAGGAGCCGUCCUUCUACCAGGUGGCUUUUCUCUACAUGUGCACCAGACUAAUCGCCAACUUGUCUCAGACCUACAUCUCAGUUUACCUCACCAACUCGCUGAUGCUACCAAAGAACUUCAUUGCCAUCAUACCUCUGGUGAUGUACGUCAGCGGCUUUGUGUGCUCGCUGCUCCUGAAACCGGUCAGCAGGCUCAUAGGCAUCAGUAUCACCUAUUUGGUCGGCCUGCUGCUGGUGCUUGGUUUCGCUAUCUGGGUGUUUGUGGAUGUUAAACUGGGAGCUGAGAGCAUCUUUGCUGCAGCAGUGCUGCUGGGAGCUGGUUCAGCUACCAUCCUGGUCAUGUCUCUGUCCAUGACAGCCAUGCUGAUCGGGGAGCAGACGCAAAGUGGAGCUUUUGUUUACGGAUCGAUGAGCCUCACAGACAAAGUGGCUAAUGGUGUGGGGGUCAUGCUCAUCCAGAGCAUCCGGCCGUACAGCACUGGCCCGUGCUGCCCAGCUUGGUUUUACCGUGAUGUCAUGGCUACGGUAACCGGGGGCGUUGCCGUGGCUGCAGCACUUUGCCUGUUCACAAUUCUCAUCUGGCCAAUCAAAAUACGGAACAAUUAGUGUCAGUGAUAGUAUUCAAUGCACAAUGAUAAACAGCUGCCUGCUUCAGGGGGUUUAUCAUAUCCAUAGCUCUGUUGGGAUUAGAUAUUUAGGAUUUAUGUUUUUUUUGUUUUAUUUUAUUUUGUUAAUGUUUUUGCUGUUUUAUGCUUACGCCUGCUAUCUAUACUAUCGAAAUGUCACACUGCAUUUAAGCUUCAUGAGACUCAUUAAUAUA